GGUCGUCUUCUCCCUCGGCGGUGCCACCAAACCGGGCGAGCGAGCGAGCGGAGGAGGGGGGUUCAGAUCAGCUCAUCGCUCCCUCCCUUUCUUCCCCCGAUCCAGCUGCUCCCGAUCGAGAUCUGCCCGGCGGGCGAUGAGAGCAUGACCCCCGCGCAGGACCCCUUCUACAUCGUCAAGGACGAGAUCCAGGAUUCCAUUGACAAAGUACAAGAUACUUUUAAUCAAUGGAAGCAAGCACCUGAAAAUACAGGAGAGUAUGUUCAUCUUACCAGAGAACUGCUAACCACCUGUGAGAGCGUCCAAUGGCAGGUGGAUGAGUUAGAGAAGGCAAUUUCUGUCGCUGAGAGAGAUCCAGCUUACUAUGGACUUAACGAGGUUGAAAUUGGGAAACGGAGGAACUGGACUAGCACCGCCCGCAACCAGGUGGUAGCCAUACGGAGGAAUGUUGAAGCUGGAAAGCACAAGACUGCCUUUGGACGUUCAGUCAAUCCUUCCGAACUAGGCAGAUCCAAGCAGCACAUUGCUCAGGAUAACGAUGACUUCAUUGCUUCAGAAUCUGAUCAACAGAUGCUCCUGAUGAAGCGUCAGGAUGAUGAGUUGGAUGCGCUUAGUGCUAGUGUCCAGCGAAUUGGAGGUGUAGGUCUCACAAUACACGAAGAGCUUGUUGGACAGGAAAAACUUCUAGGUGAACUAAGCCUCGACAUGGAAACUACCUCCAACCGGCUCGAUUUUGUGCAGAAAAGAGUGGCUAUGGUUCUGAAGAAGGCCAGCUUGAAAGGGCAGAUCAUGAUGAUAGCUUUCUUGGUGGUUCUUUUCAUCAUCCUUUUCGUUUUGGUAUUCUUGACUUGAGAGAUGGAGUUUAAGUUGCAUGAGUGUUUGCCAUCAGGUGUAGAGUGCAUAGCACAUAAGUAUAAUUGAUUCAUGUAAUUGUGUCUGGCCGUUAUAGUUUUGUUCUUUGGGGAUCUGCCUCUGCCAAGUAAUAUCAAAGUCAUUUUUCGUGUAAUAUGGCGAAUUUCAGUUGCAUCUAUAACAAUCUCUACUCCUAAUGGAGCAGUUGGUAGCCU